AUGGCUAUGGCGACAUCAGGUGCCCAUGUUAAACGGCCUUCCUCGUCCCUCGAGCAGAACAAUCUGAAGAGGAUAAAGCGUCACUACCAUCACCAUCAUCGCUUACAGGAGCCCGUCGUUCUCCCAUCAUCGUCCGAGCCAGCCGUGCAAGAUGACACUCACCUUGACCAAUUGAUGAAUCGUGCAGUUGGCCAGACCCUGAAGGACUCAGGAUUUGAGUUGGCUGAUCCAGUUGCACUGUCAAGUCUCUGCAGUGCUACUGAGGAGUACAUGCUACGACUCUCCACAUUCAUCCGUCAAUCCAUGUUAUCUGCGCGUCGCGUCCAGCCAAUCCCGCAAGAUUUUGACCACGCUCUGAAGCGUCUCCGCCUCCAUCCCGAUGAUCUUCUCCCUCAUCUCAAACCAUCACCCUCAGACAAACCUACGCCGACCUUAUUACCAUCUCCUCCACCAGAGAAUGAAAUAUCCAAAUCUCUCCCGUUUCUGACGGCGCUGAGUAGCGAGGACGAUCGUGCAAAUCGUCCCUACAUUCCAAAACAUUUCCCGAGUUUCCCUAGCAAACACACCUAUUCUGCCACCGCAGUCUUUAUUGGACGAGACAACGACCCACGCAAGAUCAGGGAACGCGCAGCCGAGGAUGGACGGCAUGGCGAGGAAGCUUUGCGCAAAUUAGCGAGCGCCGCAUUUCGCGACAACCAGACGGGUUCAACUGGCCGUGAUAAGAAACUCUGGGGUCGGAGAAUGGACAGCAUGGAAAGCAUGUUCGAAAAGACGAUCAAGGGACUAUCCAAAAAGCACAGCAAAGACCCUGGCAGGUCAGCUAUGGAUAUCCACCUAGGGGAUGCCGAUAAGUCUUGCAAGCUCUUGUGGAAUAUGGAGCUGGGGCCAAUCGUCAAUUGUGAGCGAGAUCUUUGGCGCCGAACAAGUUCAAAUGCACGACGAGAAGAGGAGAAGCCCCCAAAGCCUCUAGCAAGUGUUGAGGUAGCGGACGUCAUGACUGACAUGUAA